GCUGAGCUCAAACUGACCCUUGACCUUGACAUCAUCCCACUUCAAAAAGAAAAAAAAAAAAAAGAAACAAGAAAAAAGAAAAAGAAAUCUUUUGCUUAGAAACGCCCACAUCUUCUCCGGCAACGCUUUAAUUUGAACCUCCAGCCCCGAAAAUGCCGCCUCCGCUCGCCGUACGCUGCACCCACGGGUCCUCGCCCUCCGCUGCGAGAUUAUUCGUGCGCUUGCUAUGCGCAUCGUCGUCGCCUAUAGGUAGUAGCGGCAACAGUAGCAGCAGCAGCACUUCCAUUCUCGACGUAUUGCUGCCGCCGCGCACCCGAGCUUUCCACCUCGCACGGGACAUCCGUGGGCGGGCGCGAAACCCCCGGGUCCGGAAUGACGGGACCGGAGGUAUAUCGCAUGUCCCGUAUGGUACCGCUCGACGACACUUUAGCGCCACGGCGCCCUGGCGCAAGACCCAAGUCGUGUAUAACCCGCAGAAGGACGAGGACGGCAACGAUAUGAUAUUGGAGAUUACACCGCGCGCCGCCAACAAACUCUCGCAAAUCAUGGUCAAAGACAAAAACCCCAACCUAGCGCUGCGCAUCUCCGUCGAAUCCGGCGGGUGCCACGGGUUCCAAUACCUAAUGUCCCUAACCACUCUUCCGCCCUCCCUGCCCUGCACCCCGGACUCGACAGCAUCCGCGCACCCGCCCCCCGAAACCUCAUCUACCCCUCCCGCCCCCGCCAACCAAGAGGACGGGCAAAAAAUCACCGCCGAAGUCGCCCCCUCAACAACCACCAGCGCCGCGCCUUCCGCGCCCAGCAUCAGCGAGGACGAUACCGUCUUCGCAUUUGUGAAAGACGACCUCCCCCCUUCUUCUUCAGAUCCCCAUUCCGCGCCCCCCUCCUCAUCAUCCCCAUCAUCUUCGUCCGGGCCGUCUCUAGACCUAACGGGCGUAGCAACGCCCAAGAUCAUCCUCGACUCGCCGAGUUUGGAGCUGCUGAAGGGGAGUAAGGUGGACUACACUAUGGAGCUGAUCGGGAGCCAGUUCAAGAUCGUGGAUAAUCCACUCGCUACAAGCAGCUGCGGAUGCGGCACUAGCUUCGACAUCAAGAUAUAACAUUUCCGCUUUUAGUCUGGGUCUUCGAGUCCUUGGAUGCCUCGUUAUUUGGCCGAGGGCACUUGUGUAUAUUUGUCUACCAUUCACAGUUUAUAUUAGAAUAUUCGCAUGAAAGAAGAAAGAAGGGGGGAUGAGAUCCUCGGAAAUUGGUGGUGGUAUCAUACUUUUCAUUGGGAGACACCUGUAUAUUCUACUAUCACGACAUAGAAUACGUUAAUAUUAUAAAUCACAAUCUCGACUUCUUCUAACCGA